GCACUGGCCAGGGACUCAUUUGGCACAGCCUUUCUGAAAAACUUUCUUGUUGUGUUUGUCUGGUUCUGCCUCAGUUGUGUAAAUGGCAGUGCUGUCAUCACCUUCUUCAAACACCAGGUAUUUUACAAGGACCCUCGCUAUAUCCUCUUCAUUCACAUGGUUAUCAGCGAUGCCAUCCAGCUCACCGUUACAGUAACCAUCUUCUUGCUCAGCUACAUCGUCUACACCAUCAACGUGUCGUUCUGCUGUUUUUUCAUCCUAGUGGCUGUCUUCACCACAAGGAGCACACCCAUUAACCUUGCUGGCAUGGCUAUAGAGCGAUACAUUGCCGUCUGCAACCCUUUGCGCCACUCCCAGAUUUGCACGGUGAAAUGGACCUACAUGCUCAUUGGUUUCACCUGGUUCCUGUGCGUUACCCCGGACAUAGCUGACCUGUUCGUUACUUUGGCUACGGAGUCCAUCGCCUUUUUCCGCACUUCAGUCUUCUGUAUCCGACAGAACGUGUUCAGGGACCCCAGACUGAGUUACAGGAGGCAGGUGUUCGAUGCCCUGUAUUUCUCCUUGGUGUUUCUCACCUUGGUGUACACCUACCUGCGGGUGAUGUAUGCUGCCAAGGCUCUGUCCACAAAGAAAGUUUCAGCCCAGAGGGCCAGGAAGACCAUCCUGCUCCACGGGGUGCAGCUCUUUAUGUGCAUGCUCUCCUACGUCUCCUCCAGCAUAGAGAUUGUCGUCAGCACGGCCUUACCAAGCCGCUCUUCAGAAAUUCGCUACGCCACCUACCUAACCGUGUUUAUCCUUCCUCGAUUCCUCAGCCCCAUCAUCUAUGGAGUCCGAGACAAAACAUUUUCUAAAUACUUGAAGAGAGAUUUUAUUUGUCACAAACAUACAGUCAAUCCUGGUAAUGUACUGCACAUCAGAACACAGGAGAAUAAAAUGGGAUGA